CCCAAAAAAAAAACAAGAAUCCAUCAAACACAAGAGAUUAAUCUAUCUCUUGUUCUGUAAUAAUCUUUUCUAUCUUAUCUGAAAAUUCUUCUCAAGUGAUGGAGGGUUCAAGCACGAGGAGCAACAACAACAACAACCAGCAAGAAGACCGUCAAGCUCGAUACCGUGGCGUGAGGAGGCGUCCGUGGGGAAAAUAUGCAGCCGAGAUACGUGAUCCGUCGAGGAACGGUUCGCGGCUUUGGCUCGGUACGUUCGAUACAGCUGAAGAUGCCGCACGUGCUUAUGACCGAGCGGCUUUUAACCUAAGGGGCCAUCUUGCUAUACUCAACUUCCCCAACGAGUAUUAUUCUCGUGUCGCCGAUUAUUCUCCUCGCCCUCCCCUCCCUCAUGCUUCUUCUUCUUCUUCGUCGUUUUCGAGUUCCUUUAAUUACAUGUCUUCCGGUUCAAAUUCGUCUGGUGGGUCUCGACAAAACGAGGGGGAAGUGUUCGAGUUUGAGUAUUUGGACGAUAGGGUUUUGGACGAACUUCUUGGAGGAGAAGAGAGGAAGAAGCGAAGUAAUCAUGAUUAAUAGUGAUUACUAUUUAAUGUUGCUAAAUGUUUUUGUAUUAAUUUAAUGUUUUCGACUGUUUUAUGUUGGUGUUCUUAUGACAACUUGUGGUGACUAAAUAUAC